GAGAACGGUAAAGUACCUGAAAUCGCCCGAAAGAUUUGAAGCAAGGAUUCCCCUUCUGUUUGAAACUCCUUGACUCUGUCGUAGGCAGUCUUUUUCAAUCAUCAGCACGAAUUCACCCCAGCCACCACUCAACGAGACCGUGUCCUACUGCGGCAAGUUCAUAUGUUCAAUUUUCUCAAUUCGACUCUCAAUUCGUUCUUCUCUUCCCGAAAAAUGUCGGAAUCCGAUGAAUCCGAACGGGAUCGCCUACGGGAAGACAUUGUGGUGUCUCUCGUGAAAAGCGGUUUCGACAAUGAGCAACGAUUUCUUCCGGAACGCCUCGUGGGUGAGCUAACAAAUGAGAAAAGAAUCAGAAAGCUCUUUCCAAAUGCACCAAAAGAGUUGAUAGAUUUUAUCUGCAAAGGAGCAAGGCGAAUUUUUUUGAACAUUGUCUUCACCACUCAGUGGUCUGAGAAGAAAAUGCUCAAGAUUGCAGAGAAAUUUCAACAAGACAAUUUCACCGAUGAGCAAUUGCCUAUUGAUGACAUUGCAUCCAAUGGCCAUUGCGAAAUAUUCGACAUUGCAUCCAAUGGCAAUUGCAAAAAAAUCGCCAACCAUCCAACGGAAUUCUGCCAGAACCAACAACAGUUCAACUCGCCGGUGUUCAAAAAGAAGGACCGCUUAGGGAAGGAAUUUCCCAUGGGCUGUAUUCUCCCUUUUACGGAGGUCAAGUACAAUGUGAAGCAUGGCCACUUCAGCUCGCGCAAUGACGGAUUUGUUCGUGUCGCUAUCAAAGAGCUCACAUGUCCCCCAAAUGAACCGAAUUUCAAGACUGAGUCGGCGUGGGGAAGCGAAGUGAGAGCCCUGGACGGCAUUAGCGAUAUUUGCCAUCAACACUUGAUUGAUCGCAUUGCGGCUUUCAAACGAGUCCAGAAAUAUUUCAUUCUAUUCGAAUGGGCGGAUUCUGGCACGCUUCGAGAUGUAUGGAAAGAUAAUUCCGACAUCCACCUGCACUUGAGUGGAACACACAUCGAAUGGUUUUUGAAGCAAAUGCUUGGCUUGGUCAGGGCCCUCUGCGAACUGCAUAAAACGAAAUCUCCAAAGAAACCCACCGUCACAGAGAAUGAUGAGUCACAAGAAACCAGCGGGCAACAGAACGCUGCUGGUAUCCCCAUCAUCAUUACCAACGCGGACGGUGGCGACAGCAGUACCAAGUCUACAAACUCUGCGCCACAUUGGCGUCAUGGCGACCUCAAGCCAGACAACAUUCUCGCAUUUUCACAGUCUAAGGAAAUCUGGCUCAGUACUUUAAAGAUUGCCGAUCUAGGACUGGCCAAGCAACAUGAAUAUGAGACAUCAAACAGAGUGGAGCCCACUGGGACAACACACUCCACCUUGCACUACGAGGCCCCUGAGGUCAUCACACAACCUGACGAGCCGAGAUCACGACGCUACGAUGUGUGGUCGAUGGGUUGCAUCAUCUUUGAGUCUGUGAUUUGGCUUCUCUAUGGCUAUGAUGCUCUCAACGCCUUCUUGAAGAAGUCGACGGGGAACACGAACCAGACUCUCUAUUUCACCACUCAGGGUCAACUUGGAGGAACUGCCGAGAUUAACAAGCUUGUGAAGAAUCUAAUUGAUCAGAUCCUUGAAAAUGACCCCGAGUGCAGCAAGUCUCCGUCGACUGCUAUUGGAGAUCUUCUCAGGUUGGUUCGGGACAAACUCUUGGUGGUUGCCUUGCCACCAAGGUCUUCAAACUCUUCCAAGAAACCUAACGCCCAGCAUCGCACCAAUGCGCGUGAAAUGGAGCGUGAAAUGUUCCGUAUCUGGGACAAGGCACGAAAUGAGAAGGCUUAUCUCAUUCAAGAAGCCAACAGUCAACAGCUAGAUGAUAUCUGGGAGUUCUUGAGCGACAAUCAGUUUGCUCUAGAUUUCUUCCGCUUCGCUGGAGCCGACCCUUUACACAACACAGCCCAACUGGUAUCAAGAAAAUGCGAACGAUGUCGGGAGCUAAACUUUUUGACUUCGAAUCUUCAUAUAAGAGACACUAUCCCUGGAUUGAAGGAGCGAUCAACAACUUGCGAUUUUUGUGGACUUUUGCUUACCGCAUAUACUCUCGGACCAAGCCAACAGAUGAAUUCACGUUACGAAGUCGAGUUCCACGGAGUCGAAUCAGGCCUUACGAUGAACAGUGGAGCUACUCGGGUCUUGUCGAUUUGCGAAACUCCAACCAAUGAGUCAGUCACGAGCGGUCCCUUUGGCAACAUCCAAAUAGGUUUCCCAUUGCUCCCCGAAAUCGAGAGUGCGACCUUCUACGAACUCCUCCGCCGAUGGCUCCAGGACUGUGACAAUCACCAGAGUUGCUCCCAUGAGAACACCACAACCGGUCCUCGGAGAAACCCAACUAGGCUGAUCGAUGUGGGCGAAAUCGCCUCGACAAAGAUUUAUCUCUCUGACGUCAAUCGUUCUGGGCAUUCAUACCAGGAAAGACUGAGGUACAUCGCAUUAUCUCAUCCCUGGGGAGACAAAGAGCGUCACAAUCACUUCUCCACAACCCGCAAGAACAUUGACAAUCGUGUAGGAGAUGGAAUCGCCUUUAGCGAGCUCCCGAGUACUUUCAAGGAUGCAGUCAAGGUUACUCGAGAGCUUGGUGUUCAAUAUCUGUGGAUUGACUCUAUCUGUAUCAUUCAGAGUAAGGAUGGUGACGAUGGUGACUUCAAAGACGAAGCAGAACACAUGGAGGAGGUCUUCAGCUUUGCGUACUGUGUGAUUGCUGCGAGUCGCGCCGAGGGGACUUCGUCAGGAUUUCUGGGGAAACGACGAAGCAGGAAAUUUGUUGAGUUUGAGACGUUUUCGGGCACUAAUUUGUACGUUUGCGAAGCUAUUGAGGACUUCCAGCGUGACGUGAUAGACGGAGCUUUGAAUAAGCGAGGAUGGGUACUGCAAGAAAGGGCUCUGGCGCGGCGUACGAUCUACUUUACUGAGACUCAGACAUAUUGGGAAUGUGGCGAGGGUAUCCGCUGCGAAACGCUUGCGAAAAUGAGAAACAACAAAGCCGCAUUUCUUGGGGACCCUGCUUUCCCCAAAGUUGCUACGAACUCCACCAAGGGUGGCCAAAUCCGUCUUUACGAAUCUCUCUACCGGCAAUAUUCGACACUUCAAUUCACCAAUGCGUACGACAGACCAAUUGCAAUUGCCGGCCUAGAGCAGAGGCUCAUACGCGCGUUUGGCAAACCUGGCGGAUUCGGCAUCUUUGAGCGCUACUUUGGAAGAAGUCUUUUAUGGCAGCGGGACAGCAACGCUAUGAAAGACAUCCAGUUUCCGUCCCAGCAAUACCGGCAACCAACUUGGUCUUGGAUGGCAUACGAGGGAGGAAUCACCUUCAUGGAUGUGCCGUUUGACGGUGUGCAAUGGGACGACUCGCAGAUUUUGUCACCAUGGAGUCGCAGUGACACAUCCAGCUCGUCAUGGCAUACGGGAGAUUCCAAGUCAAGGAUCUUGGAAGGCACGGCGAGAGAAAUGAAUAGUUGGGGUUGGGACACUACUUGGGAGUUGGAUUGCAUUGGAUGGACUGGGUUCAAAUGUGAUGGUACAUUAGUUGUGAGCGAACGAUUGUUGACUUUCAUAAUCAUAAUCAUACCCAGCCCUAUUCUGUGA